CAUGUGACAGAGGUGACCCUCCCCUCUGUAGUCACUCACAGCUCCAUACAAAGAGACAGAGAGCAGCUCAUUCUCAGAUUCCUCACAGCUCGUCUGAGUCUCGGUGCCGUGGAGCUGACGACCAUGUCUGACAAGAAGAAGAUUUCAGUUAUUAUCCUGGGAGGUGGAGAUUCAUCAAGGAGAGACCUGACAGCCAGGAUCUUAGAGAGAGAUGGAUCUGAUCUACAGCCAAAAGAAACUGAGGAUAAACAUGAGAAAUAUGGAAAUGAUACAUGUGAAGUCACAUGUCUUCUCAAUGAUAAAACAGCACAUGAGAACAUUAAAAAGUUAAAUCAACAACCUGACGUGUGUUUGUUGCUGUUAGAGGACGGGUUUUCAACAGACACAGUUCAGCAGCAAAUAGAUGAUCUACACAAGUCGACAGGAAUACAUAAAGAAAAGAUCAGAGUGGUGCUGCCACUCAGCCAUGCAGGCAAAGAUCAUUCAAGCUCCCUGUGCAAGUUCCACACCAUGGAGGAGGUCUGCAGUGAAGUGAGGAAACUGACUGAAGACACAAAUCUGAAGCCAAACAACAAGAGGAAUGAUGAAGAGAACAAGGCAGACAGAGAGACAGAGAACGACAGACCCCAGGCCAGUCAGACAGAGACAGAGGAGACUGAGAAAUUAGACAGUCCUCAGCAACAGCCUGAUCAACAGCCUGAGCAACAGCCUGAUCAACAGCCUGAGCAACAGUCUGAUCAACAGCCUGAUCAACAGCCUGAUCAACAGUCUGAUCAACAGUCUGAAUCUGAACAGUCUGAGUCACAAACGGAGACGACAGAUGGCAGACCUAGCAAAGUAUUUAAAACUGAGGAAGAAAGAGUGAACCUUGUUCUGCUGGGAAUGACCGGGACUGGGAAGAGUGCGACUGGAAACACAAUCCUCAGAGACAAACACUUCACAUCAAGACCCAGUUCUAAUCCAGUUACCACAGAGUGUAAAGCAGUAGAAAGGGAGAUAUGUGGUACUGCUGUACGAGUGAUUGAUACUCCAGAUAUCUUUGAUGAUGAGAUCAGUGAUGAAGUCAGACGUGAACAUGUAAAAAGGUGCAAAGAUCUGUGUCAGUCAGAGCCUUGUGUUUACUUACUGGUGAUGCAGGUUGGCAGGUUUACAGAUGGUGAGAGAGACAUCAUGACAAAGUUAGAGAGAGCUGUUGGUAGAGGAGUUCACAAACAAACAAUCAUCCUGUUCACCUGUGGUGAAGAGCUGCAGCGAGCAGAAAUGACUUUAGAGGAUUUUCUAGAUUCCUGCCAACCUGAUCUGAAGAGAAUAAUAGAGAAGUGCAACAACAGGUGUGUUCUGUUUGAGAACAGAGACACUGAUUCAGAUCAAGUGGAAACCUUAAUGCAGACAGUGCGUGAAAUGCCUCCAAUAACCAGAGGACAUGAUCACAGUCGUUGUAUUCUGAUGUAAACAGGGUGGAGCCUGAAACGAUGUUUCUGUACCUGGUUGAUUCACAGUAAUAUUCUUAAUAAUCAAUGUUUACCCAGAAACAUGUCUUUACUUUGUCUGUCUCAUGUUAAGCUCUGUAAACAACACAAAGAUGAUCUUCACCAAUAAACCAAGUUGUGGACUUGAGCCAGUCUCUGUGGUCUCUGCUGAAUCCAGCACACACAUCCUGUCACACACACUGACUGAAAUCUUCCUCCAACACACACACACUUCUCAGAGCUUCAGCUGCACACACACAAAGCUCACACACAGCUGCAGGUAGAGGACUCUUCUUUUCUGUGUAUUUUGACCAAAUGUAGAUUCAGGUUCAGGUUCAACACAACACUCAACCAAACAGACUCCUGAUAAAAUAUCGCCACCUACUGG